AUGUCUUCCUCUUUUACCCCCGGCCAGAAUCAGAGCCCCGGAAGCUCCCGGUUGCUUCAGCUCGGCUCCGCCUCGCGCCUUAGAUCUUCUUCCUCCAAGAAGCCGCCUGAGCCGUUACGCCGAGCCGUCGCGGAUUGUCUCUCGUCCUCGCAUCCUCCGGCGACAUCUCACCAUGGCGCGAUCCCUUCCGUAGCACCGUCUGAAUCUCUUAGGAAUCUCAGAGAUUAUUUAUCAGCCACUGGCACGACUGACCUGGCCUACAACAUGCUGUUAGAGCAUACUAUAGCAGAGAGAGAUCGCAGUCCAGCUGUGGUGACGAGGUGUGUGGCAUUGCUUAAACGGUAUCUCUUAAGAUAUAAGCCUGGGGAGGAGACACUACUGCAAGUCGAUAAAUUUUGCGUGAACCUGAUUGCUGAAUGCGAUGCUAGCUUGAAGCAAAAAUCAUUGCCUGUUUUAUCAGCACCAGCGGGUGCUUCUCCUUUACCUGUAUCCAGUUUUGCUUCUGCAGCUUUGGUGAAGUCAUUGCAUUAUGUGCGUUCUCUUGUGGCACUACAUAUCCCAAGGCGAUCCUUUCAACCAGCGGCAUUUGCGGGAGCUACCCUUGCGUCAAGACAGUUAUUGCCAUCUCUAUCAUCUUUGUUGAGCAAAUCAUUCAAUUCUCAAUUAAGUCCUGCAAAUGCCGCAGAGUCUCCGCAGAAAAAGGAUACUGCAAGUCUUUCUGUUUCAAACUUGUCAAAUAUAGAAGAAUUUAAUGCUAUGGAAGACACUGAAUACAUAUCAUCAGACUUACUGAAUUGGCGUUGGGUUGGGGAGCUCCAGUUUUCAUCAGCUUCUUCUGAAAGUGAACGCCCUUUGAAUCUCCAAGACAUGAACAAUUGUAAUCUUUUGGAAGUUGGUGCUGCCGGCCUGCUCGUAGGAGAUAUGGAAGCUAAAAUGAAGGGCCAACACUGGAAAUAUUUUGGUACCGCAGAGAUGCCUUACUUAGAACAGCUGCUGCAGCCAGCUUCAGUCACGAUGAUAACAAACUCAGCCUCAGCUCGUUCCCAUUUGAGAGCGAUAACAGCUUCCAAACGCACUAGAACUGGCCCUCAGCAGAUCUGGGAUGAUUCCACAGUGAGCACAUUUCGUCCACGUGCCAGACCACUUUUUCAGUAUCGUCAUUACAGUGAACAACAACCACUGCGCCUAAACCCUGCCGAGGUAGGUGAGGUGAUCGCUGCUGUUUGCUCCGAAGCAUCAUCCACCCCUUCAAAUCCAAUGACCGUAUCACCCCAAUUAAAUAGCAAGACUGGGAAGCCGUCAAUGGAUGUGGCUGUGAGCGUCCUGAUAAAGCUUGUAAUUGACAUGUAUGUCUUGGACGCUAGAAUUGCUGCUCCUCUUACUCUGUCCAUGCUCGAGGAAAUGCUAUGCUCCACAAAUGCAGCUUGUAGGAUUCGUGUAUUUGAUUUAAUUCUUAAUUUAGGAGUUCAUGCACAACUUUUAGAGCCAAAGAUAAGUGAUAAUGCUACAACCAUUGAGGAAGAAUACGCCAAAGAAACAUUUAUCGAUAAUGAAAACAGGAUACUGCUUCAAGGGACAAGAACGAAAGACUUGCCGAAGUUGUCAAGCACUUCUUCAGCUAUUGAGAACUUUGAGUCUUGGAUAUUAAAAAUCUUAUUUGAAAUUCUACUUCUCCUAGUUCAGGUUGAGGAAAGGGAAGAAUCCGUUUGGGCAUCUGCUCUCAGCUGCUUGCUAUAUUUUAUCUGUGAUAGAGGCAAAAUACGAAGAAACCAGCUAAAUGGUCUUGACAUAAGGGUUAUCAAAGCUCUUCUGGGAACUAGCAAAAGGAAUUCUUGGUCAGAAGUUGUUCAUUCCAAGCUUAUUUGUAUCAUGACAAACAUGUUUUAUCGAUCUCCAGAACUAGAUGGCUCUACCAAAGCAACUUCAAGAGCCUCAAAUUUUCUUACAGAACAGGUCGAUCUGAUUGGUGGCGUGGAGUUCAUUUUCUAUAAGUACUCUUUGGCGACAACUAGAGAGGAAAGAAGAAAUCUCUACUCGGUUUUAUUUGACUAUGUCCUGCAUCAAAUUAAUGAGGCAUGCUCAGUUGCUGGCCUUUCUGAGUACACUGAUGAUGAGAUUCAACCUUUGGCUGUUCGGCUUGCUCUUGCUGAUGCACCUGAAGCUUUCUACAUUUCUGUUAAGCUUGGUGUUGAAGGCAUAGGGGAAAUCCUGCGAAGAUCAAUUGCUGCAGCAUUGUCCGGGUUCAGCAACAGCGAACGUCUAAACGAGCUUUUGGCAAGUAUAACAGAAAAAUUUGACACAAUAAUACGUUCGUUUACCCACUUGGACAAAGAAUUUCUGCAUCUCAAACAGCUAAUUAAAUCGCACAAGUUCGUGGACAGCAUUCAAGAGUUAAGAAAUGAUACUAGGAUGUCAGUGAAUCUAGCUUGGGCUACUUUGCACUCUCUUCUUCAUUCAGAAAGAGCCACAUACCGUCAAAAUGGAUAUAUAUGGUUGGGGGAUCUUUUGAUUGCGGAAAUUAGUGAAGAUGGUGGUGGAAGUAUAUGGCUGAGCAUAAAAGAUCUGCAGCAAAAGAUUGCCCACUGUGGUGCCUCGGAAUCACUGAUUACUUCUGAUAUACCUAUUUCCAUACAUCUUCUGUGUGGACUCUUGAAGUCAAAGAACAGUGUUAUAAGAUGGGGUUUCUUGUUCAUCCUGGAGAGGCUUCUUAUGCGUUCCAAGUUCUUACUAGAUGAGAAUGAGACACAGCGAUCGAUUGGUGGUAAUGCUAAUCAGGAUCAGAAAGACACACGACUAGAGAAAGCAAACGCUGUUAUAGACAUAAUGAGCAGCGCUUUGUCUUUGAUGGCACAAAUAAAUGAAACUGACCGGAUUAAUAUCUUAAAGAUGUGUGACAUUCUUUUCUCGCAAUUAUGCUUGAAAGUUCUUUCUCCUGACGAGGAAACAGUCCACAGUUCUGCUGAUAGAAAUAGCAAAUCUGAAACAUCCCUUCGUAACAGCUAUAAAGAAAGUAUGGAAGAUGCUGACACCAGGCCUCGGCACAACAGUGUCCCUGUUUCAACGAGCGAGACAGCGUCAAUGGCAGCAAUGCUUCUUCGUGGGCAAGCCACCGUCCCUAUGCAGCUGGUCGCGCGAGUUCCAGCGGCUUUGUUUUAUUGGCCCUUGAUUCAACUAGCAGGUGCAGCAACUGACAACAUUGCACUUGGUGUCGCAGUUGGAAGCAAAGGAAGAGGAAAUAUCCCAGGGGCAACCUCUGAUAUUCGAGCCACCCUGCUAUUACUUCUGAUCGGUAAAUGCACCGCAGAUACAGUUGCUUUUCAAGAAGUUGGUGGAGAGGAGUUCUUUAGGGAACUCCUGGAUGAUACUGACUCAAGGGUGGCUUAUUACUCUUCAGCAUUUCUACUAAAGAGGAUGAUGACUGAGGAACCGGAGAAAUACCAAAACAUGCUUCAGAAGCUUGUCUUUAAGGCUCAGCAGAGCAACAAUGAGAAGCUGCUGGAGAAUCCAUACCUGCAGAUGUGUGGUAUACUCCAGCUAUCGAACGAGCUUUGAGCUCAUCGGGGAUCUCAUAACUCUCCAGUUUAUUAUAUAUGACUUCUGUAAGUUCCCUGAAUUCACAAAAUCUUAGAGCUUACUUCACCACCACCACGAAAAAAAGGAAGAGGAAGAGAAUUUAGUGAAAGUAAAAGACAAUUCAUAGACACUGGAAUCGUCGCUGAAAGUAGCAAGGGGGAGGGGGGAAUCUGCAAGUGAAUUCAGACAUAGCUUCUUGGUUUGGUGAGUUAAUCUGACAUCACUUUGGCUGUGAUCUGGUUUUUGGUUGAGAUCUGAAGAAAGCUGUUGAUAGUAAAGCGUUGGCUCAUCCGCCUUCUCCUUUUUCUGCGGGAAUGGCGCGCAUUUAAGGAACUUACAGAAACAGUGAGCUUCUGAUAACUGCUGGCAUGUAAUUUUUUUUUUGGCCUAACAAACUGAAUGUUUCUUUCUUAUGUUCUUGUCUGUGUAAAAAAUUAACAAAUUAUGAACAGAGGCUGCAGCUCGAGGAAUUUUAUUUUUUCGUGGAGCUCAGCUUUUGUACAGAGUCCAGAACAGAACCAUUUAGGGGUUUGUAUUGUGUAGAGAACUAUAGAUAGUGAGGCUUUUGGCCUUUGAUUUGUCGAAUGUUUUGCCUUUAUAAUUCUUAUGUGAAAGUCUGAACCUAAC